AUGCCCUGGCUGGGCAUGGCGAGAGGACGCGAUGACCGGGCCACACGACACCGUGACGACGGCGAAUAUCUCGACGAGCGAGAGCGGAGGCACCGGCGCCGCCACAAAUCCCGCGACCACGACGACGAACCCACAGCUUCCACACGCGAAAGGAGAGAGCGCCGACGGGCAGAGGAGGCAAGACGGCAGGCCGAGGUCGACAUUGAGGACAUCCGGGCGCGCAGAGAGUCCUACUACUCACGCAACGAGGCUGAGAAGAGGCGCGACCGCGAUCGCGUGGUAUCAGACAGCAAACGUACUCCGGCCAAGGAAAAGCCACGGAGCAGCCGUGAGAAGGAGGUGCGACGGGACAGCACGCGGAAGCCCAAGAGAGCAGUGAUACCUGAUGACCAUGACGACUUCGUCUUUGGCCGCCCCAAGUCCAUGGGUCACGUUGAGGAAGUCCCUGUGCGACGAGCAUCUGGGCGCAAGCGAAGCGAGGAAGGCGGCUCUUCUAGCAGGACUGCCUACACUCCGCAUUCAGGUUCUGGAUCUGCGUCAGUCCGCAGGGUCGAAGUUCCGCCAUUGACCAGGGUCGACUGUCUCGUGUGCAUGAACGAUGACCUACCCAUCACCAAGACCGUCAAGCUCGCAUGUGGCCAUCGCAUGUGCUACUCGUGCCUCAAGCGCCAAUUCACCCUUUCCGUAAAGGACCCUGCUCACAUGCCACCACGAUGCUGCACCUCAGAGCACAUCCCAUUGAAGUAUGCCGACCGCCUCUUCGAUGACAAGUUCAAGGUCCAAUGGAACCGGAAGUUCCAAGAGUACACCACUGCCAACCGCCUAUACUGCCCGACGAAAGGGUGUGGUCAGUGGAUCAAGCCUUCCAAGAUCAAGAUGGACCCGACAUACGGUCGCAAGUACGCACGCUGCAGCACGUGCAACACCAAGGUCUGCGUACUCUGCAACAGCAAGUUCCACACAAAGCGCGAAUGCCCCAAGGACGAGGAGACCAACCGCCUUGUAGAGAUGGCCAAGGAGAAGGGCUGGCAACGAUGCUACAGCUGCAAGGCUGUAGUCGAGCUGAAGGAAGGUUGCAAUCACAUGACCUGCCGCUGCACAGCACAAUUCUGCAUGGUCUGCGCCGCCCCAUGGAAGACCUGCAGCUGCCCCUGGUUCAACUACCAACACAUCCCCGACGGCGACCAGCUCAACGACAUGCGCGUCCCCUACCCGCAACAAGCUCGCUACGCCGAUGUUGAAGUCAUCGAAAUCCCCGACGAGCCCUCGCCACCCCUCGCCCGCCGCCCCAGUGUCCGCACCCCACGCAACCGCAGCGAACGCGACCUCCCCCGACCCGAAUCCCGCCGCCUGUCCGCUCACCUCCGCGACUCACUGCACCUCAACCCCACGCCCACCGUCUCUUCCAUCCGCCGCACCGAGCCCGAGGUGCAAAUGUACGGCGUCGGUAACGCAGGUGGCCACCACAUGAACGACUCGUACGCCAUCCGCUCCAUGCCCGCAUCCGUUGCGCGCACCGCAGCACGCACAUCUACUCCACGCACGUCAACCCCACGUGGCGCCUUCUUUACCAGCAGCAGCGUACGCCGUGCUGCGCCCGCGCCUGCCCCCGUUGCCGCCCCUCGCGUCCGACCCGCAUCCACACCUGUCGUCACCUCCUCUACCAUGGCCGGCCUCUCCCGUGACGGCCGCAAGGUCGGUCAGAACCGUGUGGGCACCUGGCUCACUCACGUCCAAAUCGACCCCGAAGCUACCAACACAGCUGCCCGGGAUGUCGAGGUGGAUGAGUGGAGGUGCGAUGGUACCAUGAUUGGUAUCGAUUAG